CACGUCUUUGAAUCGGUUCAGAAACAGACAACGCGCACGGAGGCCCAAAAGACUCACUUCCGACCACACGACGGUGCCUCUGCUCUUUCCAAGGCGUGGUGCCCAUACGAGAAGGGACUUCCCGGUGCCGUCCUCGAGCUAGCCCAAAGGAGAGGAGAGGUUUCUACAUGCACGCCUGCAGUUAGAUCGGGCGAGGAGAAGAAGCCAACGACGUGGGGGCAUUCGGUCCCGUUGUCAUAGAGAACAGAUGUCGAGGCAAAAAUCGCAGCGAGACAUUCGCUCGCGCAUCAAGCACGAAAAUGUGCACCUUGGCGGCGGUGCAGAGCUCGGCGUCGGUCCCGCGCCGAAGCCGGCAAGGCAGCCAUGGGAGCAGCAUGGCGCGAGCUACAGUACAGUGUCCACCUCGUCGAUUGGAGCGCCGAUGAUGCCCAGGAGUGGGAGCAGCAACGACGUCAAUGGCGCUUCGUCAUCGUCAAACAAUGCGGCAUCGGCGGCAGCCUCGGCGAUAGCGGCAGCCAAUCUGGGCGCGGGCCCUUCCUUUGUGUCGUUGAGCCCCUCGGACAGCAUCUCCAACUUCGAAGGCAGGGCUGGCACCCGAGGCCUGGGCGCCGCAUUUGAUCAAGCAUCAAUGGGCACGAUGCCUCUCGCAGGCAUGCUGCCCACAUCUGGCCAGCGUUCCGGGGGUCCAGGGCUGUUUGAGCCCAGCGCAGGGAGCACAGCGAGCUUCGCGCAGAAUUUAGGCGCGGGCGAUGGAUCGAGAGAGGACGGGUCGACGCCGCUCAGGCCGGCGAGGAGCCAAAGGAGACCGCUUCAAGCUCCCUCAGCGUCUCCUCAGGAGGGAUUCUCGAGGACCCCCUCGUCGAGACGGCAGCAGUACGCCGGAGCAGCUACAGAUGCGGCAUCAUCAUCUGUCCAGGCGGUCGGGAGAAAUCUGCUCCAGGCCACUCACGGGCAAAGCCCCAGUCGCGGCAGUAACACUAGCGCAGGAGACCGGCAUGCCCGAAGCGCCAGGCUGAUGGCUGAAGUGGCCAGCGGCGGUGACAAUGGCCGCGCAACGCCCAAUAGCUGGACGAGAGCUGGGGAGUCUGCCGACGAGGCCGACUUUGACGACGUGUAUGGAGGCAUGGACGGAGGCGUCGAUGAUGGGGCGGGGCAGUAUAACAGCAACCAUCGAGCUACGUUAAAUCUCGAGCAGACGACACCGACGCUAGGUUCGCUGACCAGGCGCGAGGAGCCUGCUGCUUUGGGCAGCGUAUUGAGCGCGCUCAGUGCUGCAGGCAGGAAGCAAGGCGCAGCUAGGAUACUGCGAGGCACAACGGCAGAGGAAGAGAGCAGGAGAAGAAAGAGGGAACGUAAGGUGGAAGACGCCCGAGGGAAGGAAGUCAGGCCGCUGGAGCACUACGUCGAUCGCGCCGACGAGAAGGCAUUUAGAGAGAUCUGUGCUGUACUCCGAAAGGUCAAGGCGGAGUGGGGUUUCAUCGUGGACGACGAUUUCAAUUACGUCUCCCUUGCACUGUCACUUCUGGACGACAGCUCGCUUGGUUCAAAUCGGAACCAGUUCAGCGAGAUGCAGAAGCUCAUUGAGCGGGGUCUUCAAGGAACUGUCGAUGAUCACCACGAAUCCUUUGCAACUGCCAUCUCGCUCCACAGCAACGUCCUCUCAUCGCUCACAUCAGCACAGACCAGCAUCUCAGGUGCUAGAAGGAGGCUACGCGAUUCGAGAGAGGCGUUGGGCGCCAAGCGUGCCGACCUUGUCCAACUCUGGCACCGAUCCCAGGGUGUCAAGGAGAGCUUGAGGCUCCUCGACACGAUCGAGCUCCUAAAAGGUGUACCUGAUCGCCUUGAAUCGCUCAUGUCGGAGAAGCGCUUCCUUGAAGCCGUCAAUGUGCUCAUGCAAAGCCUCAAGCAGAUUGACAAGACUGAAAUUGUCGAGGUGGGGGCCACGGCUGACCUACGAGGAUACCUCAAAGGCCAAGAACAAGCCAUGUUCGACAUCUUGACAGAGGAGCUACACAAUCACCUCUACCUCAAGAGCUUCUUCUGCGAUGCUCGAUGGAAGGCCUACUCCGCAGGUCAGACUACGCUCCCCAAUGUCGAGUUCGGCAGCGACUAUCAAGAACCGCAGCAACAGCAGCAGCAAUUCAACGGCACUAGUGCAAGCGCACAAGACGAAUUGGGCGCGCUCAAGCGUGAUGAUGCUGAUCAGCAAGGUUCGGGACUGAUCGAUCCAGGGUCCAAUGGGGCACUGUCGACGACCGCGACCGGGGAAAGACCUCUUCAGGUGUUUCGGUUCAUCAAUGCACUCAGCACUCGGCCAGCUUAUGAUCCGAAUCUUGCCUCAGACAUGGCAAAUCUUGGCCUUUCCGCGAGUGGCUCUGCUGCUGGCUUGGACCCGUCAGUGGAUGCCGCUAUGGUUACCUCGAAGAGCGCCGAUUCGAACUUGGCCCUCAUAGGCAGUGGUGGCGCUGCGCAGACGCAGACGGGAGGAGGGUCCUCAAAGAUUGCCGCCAGCUCUACGGCCUUCGAGCAGAACCCAGAAGCAGACAGCUUCCUUUACAUCGAGAUGCUCCUCGAGAGCCUAGCGAGGCUCGGCAAGCUGCGCCUGGCUCUCGAUAUCGUGGCACAGCGACUACCCAUCGAGCUACAUCAGCUUGUCGAGGCCACCAUUGAUGAGGUCGACGAGCGCAACGAGCCGCUUCGACGAUCCUCCGUCGCAAUUGUUCGACCGGAGUCGCUUCUCCUGUCAUCGUCCUCCGCACUUGCUCGAAGCUUUGCCGAAGGCGCUCGUUCUUCCUUUGGAUCGACUCUGAGUGCAGGCAGGUCAAGUGGUGCGUUCAUGAGCGCCUCGGCGAGCAGUGCUGCCACAUCCAUGGGCCCAGGUGCUCGCACGAGCACUGUGUUCAGGCUGAGCGCCUCCGAAACUUCGGCAAUGGAGCGCGAUAGCGAAACGAUGAGAGACUUGUUUUGGACCCUCUUUUCGAAGCUCGAUGCAGUGCUUCAAGGUCACCGUGUUGUGUACGAGGUGGCGACCAAGAUCAUGAGCCGCGAUGGUGGCAAGUCCCAAGAUGCCUCGACGUCAAUCAGACAUCGGCCGCCACCUCAAAGAACGAUGGUAGGCAAGACGCCGUCACAUGGCUCGGCGAGCGUGACGAACCUCAUCGAGGUCUGGAAGCCGAUCCAGACCGAGGUCAGGACGCUACUCCACGAGCACCUCAUGGACGACAGCGAGAGCACAUCGGCGCGGAGAAACGCGAUCGUCUCGGUCAACGAGGUCUUGCGCCUGGGCACCUUUGGUAGAGACAAGUCUAAACAGCUUUUCAAGCUGGCCGAGACGGCACCCCGGCCGGGUGUCAACGUCAGCCGAAAAGACUUCGCUCCGCUUCGCAGACACGAAGAGGCCCUCACCGCCGCUCUGCGUGCCUCGGUGCCUGGUCUGGUUGGAGCAGCCGACACGAGCGCAAAUGCGGGCAUCUCGGCCUUCCAGCAACAACAACAUCAUCACACACUCCAGCAGCAACACCAACAACACACACUCUUUAGCUCUUUAUCUUCGAUUGCCGCUGGCGCCGGGAGCAGCAGUGGGCCGAACGCAGGUGCCGGACAUCGAAUUCUUGUCAAGCCCGAUGCAUUCAACAUCUCCGUCCUCUUCCAGCCUGCGCUCGCUUUCAUUGAGCGCGUGCAGAUGAUCUUGCCCGGCGAAGCGGCCGGAGAAAGCUCAAAGGGCUUCAGUGCCUUUCUUGAAGAGUUUGUACAGGACGUCUUUCUCGCUCAGCUCGAGGAGAAGGUCCAAACACUCUUCCAAUCAGCCGUGGGCGGUCCUGACGCGUUCCAGGAAGACCCGACGAGCAAGUCUGCGCUCCAGCGACCCAUUGUCAAGGCCACUGCCAACGUCCUUGUCCUUGUGGACAGCCUCUACUCGAUGCUCCGGACGACACCGUUCCACCGUGAGAGCUAUUCGCACCUCGUCAUCCAGACAUUGGUGCAGUUCUAUCAGAGGUGCCACGAGAGAUUCCGCGAUCUUGUGACGACGGAUCUCUCGUCACAGGAAGGCAACCAGCACUACCAUCUCUCGGCUGCUUGGGCCCAGCGCCCUGAACUGACGCAAUGCCUGUCCGAAUAUGUCGGAGGCAGUUGCGAUGCGACGAGAAGACGCGAGCUCCUCGAGCAGGAGAAUGCCUUCGAGUUGCUUUGGGCCAGUCAGCUUAAAGGCGCAAAAGGAGGUCCUUCCGGUGGGACUAUUGCGCUGCAUGACCUGACAACGAGUCGAAAGAAGCUCACUUCUCUGGGAAACCUUCACUACUCCUUGCUCUGGUUCCUCAGUCACAUCUCUCGCCUCAAACCGACAGACGAGGAUCUUCCCACUGCGCCUGCUGCUCGUGCCCGUCUUUCUGUCAUUGGUAACCUUGCUGCAGUCUCUGGACGCCAAGGUCAAAGCCGGACCGACGCCGAAGAAGAAGAAGGUAUCCUAAAGCUACCCUUGAGCAUAGAGAUGGCCAGUCGCUUCGAAGCGAUUCCGAGAACGUACAGACACCUGUCCAACCUGGUACUGUUCACCCUGCGUCUCGAGAUUCGAGCGAGGACGAUUCACUACCUCGACCUUGCCAUUACUGAAGGCAACUACCUCGUUGAAGACGCUGUCCUGGAGCCGGAUCCACAUGUUGUCGAUCUCAAUGCCGAGCUGAGCUCGCUCGACGAUGUCUUUUCGGACACGCUUGCCAGACGGGACCACCGCUUCCUCUUUGUAGGCUUGGCGAGCUUGAUGGACACCAUGCUGUGCCGGGCGAUCCGACGGGUGCGGUUCAUCAAUCGGCAUGGCUUGACCAAGAUGAUCCGGAAUGUCCUUGCCCUGCAGCAGAAUCUGCGCAACAUCGUCAUCGUCGACACGUCCAAGGCAACGAUGCCCAAGGCUUCGGGCGGCCAAGUGUCUGGCGGCGCUGUUGCUGCCGCGGGCAAAGAAGAGAGGCAAGCCUAUUCUUCCUCGUCGAAGCCGAGAGGUUCCACCACGACUGGAGAGGAGGACGAAGGCGACAUGGGCCUAGGGACGAAUUCGUUUGAGAGGAGCCGGAAGCUGUGGGAGCUCGUGGGCAAGGACACGCCAGAAGAGCUUUUCGAGGGAAUUCGGACCAUGCGGCAGAGCCAGCAAGCCGAAGCAGAGCCCGGUCUCGUCUCCCAAGAGCUCGAAUUCGACGACUACAAGUGCGCCCUCAACUUGAUGCUGGGCAUCGACAACGCGGCUGCCUCGGUGCAAGCUCAGCAAGCAAGCAAGACGCCCGUGACGCCCUUGACGCCGGGUGGAGGCUUGUCGAGGGUGGGUCUCCCAGGCGCAAACCUUCGUCCAGGGACGACGAAGAGCAGCAGCGCGUCGGGAGAGGUUUCGAGGCAGAAAUUGAACGAAUACCUAAUUGAGCUGCACGAAGUGGCCCUCUAGAACGAUGAAGCGAUCGUGGACUUCCUCUUUUCAUGUCUCUGUGUUCUUGUACCCGGCACUUCACGGGCUCUUCGGACUUGCCAUUUCUACCAUUGCUCACUUCCUUCAUAUUCCACCUAAAUGACAAUCACGACCUUUACUCGCC